AUGAAGCUGAGAAUCUUUAUGAGCUACUUGAUCCUCGCGGCAAUAUUAACCGUCACGCUUGCUACGUUUGGUAAGGAGCACGUGCAUAUUAGGAUCCACGUGCCAGAGAUAAUUCAACACGAGGAAAAGAAGGUGAUAAAAUACAAAGAUCAUGGUGGACACGAUCAUGGAGGUGGAGGAGGUGGGGGAGGAGGUGGUGAUACAAUAAUAAUUACAUCACCUGGAGGUGAUGGUCAUGGAGGAGGAUUUGGAGGAGGACAUGGAGGCGGAUUUGGUGGAGGACACGGAGGCGGAUUUGGAGGAGGACACGGAGGCGGAUUUGGUGGAGGACAUGGAGGAGGAGGUGGCCAUGGAGGAGGUGGUUUUGGCGGACAUGCCAGUUUUGGAGGUGGUGGCCAUGGAGGUGGAUAUGGAGGUGGUGGAUAUGGAGGCGGCGGUGGUGGAUAUGGAGGCGGCGGUGGUGGAUCAAUUAUCGAACAUCAUGGCGGCGGAGGAGGAUUCGGUGGAGGCGGUGGCGGAGCAAUUAUCGAACACCAUGGUGGUGGAGGAGGAUUUGGAGGAGGUGGUGGCGGAGCCAUAAUUGAACAUCAUGACAGUGGAUUUGGAGGUGGAGGCGGUGGAUACGGAGGUGGAGGCGGAUAUGGAGGCGGCGGUGGUGGUGGAGGAGGAAUCAUCGAACAUCAUGGUGGCGGAGGAUUUGGAGGCGGAGGCGGUGGAUACGGAGGUGGAGGCGGAGGAUUCGAUGAUCAUCACGGCGGCGGAGGAUUUGGAGGCGGAGGUGGAUAUGGAGGCGGUGGAGGAAUCAUAGAACACCAUGGUGGCGGAGGAUUUGGAGGCGGAGGCGGUGGAUACGGAGGUGGAGGCGGUGGAUAUGGAGGUGGAGGCGGAGGAUUCGAUGACCACCACGGUGGUGGAGGAUUUGGUGGUGGUGGUGGUGGUGGUGGUUUUGAUGAUCAUCACGGUGGAGGAGGAUUUGGAGGCGGAGGCGGAGGCGGAUAUGGAAGUGGUGGAGGUGGAUUCGAUGCACACCACGGUGGAGGAGGAUUUGGAGGUGGAGGCGGAGGCGGAUAUGGAGGUGGCGGUGGUGGAUUCGAUGAUCACCAUGGUGGCGGAGGGUUUGGAGGAGGCGGUGGAUUCGGUGGUGGCUAUGGUGGUGGCGGUGGUGUCGAACACCAUGCUAUUAGCAACAGUAUAUCGUCAGGAUUCGGCAGCAGGUAA